AGAGAGAGGGGGCUGUAUCUCCACCACGCACUACACCGGUGCACCACGGGGUUCGCAUUCAAACUGACCAGCGGGUCUCUGCGCGCACACCGUCCUCUGCAUCCAUCACCGAGCAGCAGCUGAACCGGAGCCGCUCUGUUGUGUCCUACUCAGGUGGCGAGCAGCUGCGGGAAGAAGAAGAAUAAUUUCUCCUCAGCACAUUGUGACUCAGCGAGGGUUUGAACCUGGACUACCUGCCCACAAUUCUCAAGCCAAACUGAUCCUCCCAGCCUCCCACCUCGCUGCCCUCCACCUUCUCUGAUCUGGUCCCAGUGCCAUGGCCUUUACCCUGUCAGAGAUAAUGGCAGCCAGACGGCAGCAGACGCAGGCUCAGUUGCAGGCCCAGCGAGGCAACAGGACUGCAGUGGAAGUAGACGAAUACAGCACCAACCCCACUCAGGCCUUCACCUUCUACAACAUCAACCAGGGACGCUUCCAGCCGCCACAAGUCCACAUGGUGGACCCGAUGCCCCAUGACUCGCCCAAACCCCCCGGCUACACCCGCUUUGUGUGCAUCUCCGACACUCACUCCCGCACCGACAGCAUCCAGAUGCCGUACGGAGACGUGUUUAUCCACGCCGGAGACUUCACCGAGCUGGGACUGCCCUCUGAGGUCAAGAAGUUCAACGACUGGCUAGGUACCCUGCCCUACGACAUCAAAAUAGUAAUCUCCGGAAACCACGAGUUGACCUUUGACCAGGAGUUUAUGGCCGACCUGAUCAAGCAGGAUUUCUACUACUUCCCCUCUGCCUCCAAGUUGAAGCCGGAGAAUUACGAGAACGUCCAGUCGCUGCUCACCAACUGCAUCUACCUGCAGGACUCCGAGGUCACCGUGCGGGGUUUCAAGAUCUACGGCACCCCCUGGCAGCCCUGGUACUACGGCUGGGGCUUCAACCUGCCUCGGGGUCAGGCUCUGCUGGACAAGUGGAACCAGAUCCCUGACAACACAGACAUCCUGGUCACACACUGCCCCCCACUGGGUUUCCUGGACUGGGUCCCGAAAAAGAUGCAGCGUGUGGGCUGCAUGGAGCUGCUCAACACCGUCCAGAGGAGAGUCCAGCCCAAGUUUCACGUGUUCGGACACAUUCAUGAAGGUUACGGCAUGAUGACUGAUGGCACCACAACAUUCAUCAACGCCUCCGCCUGCACCGUGAACUUCAUGCCCAUGAACGCCCCCAUCGUCUUUGACCUUCCUAACCCCAGGACCAGCACAUGACACGAGGAAGCUCCCCCCAAAACACCUGCCGGCAGUGAGGAGAAAGAUGCCAGGAAAGAUAGGUGAGGACGGUGGUGGAGCGGAGAGCGACUGUGUAAAAAUUAGACACAAACGGUACGACCCGAGGGAUGGAACAGACUAAGCAAGGGACCUUUCCUGACGGUAUAAAUAUUAUUUAAUGUGCCAUAAUUUCUUCAUCUCAACAUUGCGUCUAAAAGGCAAAUGGACGAGCGGAGAGACACUUUUAUAUGCGGACAAAUGGACAUUUCUCUGUACUCUUUUACUGCACUGACAAUCUGAAGUGGCUCUCAGAGAGACGAUGUUGAUGGACGUGAAACGACCCAGCACCUUGUCUACAUGAGACUUUUGGCUAAGCCAUGACUCUGGGGGAUUUUACCAGAACUUUUAUCUCUUACCACUUUAAAAAUGUAUUUCCUAAUUUCUCCCGCCUUUUUCUUUCCUCUCCUCGCGCCCGGAGCACGAUGGAGUGUUUUUAUUUUGUAUUGCCAAUGUGUGAGGGCAGCAAGAGGUCUCUGCUAAGGGCUGUGUGAGAGUUGGGGAGUCAAACAUGUUGACAUGGCUCCCCUGAGCCUCAUUACAGCCCUCAUUAGCCUCUUAACCAGCCGAGAGGAGGACGCAGAGGAAACCACGCACAGCACUUCAUUUUCCCCCUUUCUUUUCCCUCCAUGUAGCUGCCCUUUCACCUUUUCUACUCUUAUUUUAAUUUGAAUUCCUGUCUAUCAUUCAUGUUUUGAAUGACUACCACAACUUUUCAGCGGCGACUGAGUCCCAUUCAACGUAGAAGCUACGUGCUAAAUGCUAACGCUACGAGCUAAAUGCUAACGGACAGUAAUUCUGAGCCGCUAUUCUGAGAGAUAAAACUUUGUAUCCUUUUUCAAGAGGAAUAAAGCUGUAACUACAUGUACUGUAACUGGUCAAUGUAAAUGUUCUCUGUCAGUGUAAAGAAGAAAAAAACUUGAAGUUUUUCUAAAAGAUUUCCAGGUUGUUGCUAUACUUUAAAAACACUUGUUUAUAUUUGUGGUUGUUACAUUUCCUUUUGUCAAUUUCUUAGUAAUGUAAAUUCUUAUUAUGGUAUUUUCUUCUCUGUAAAGCUGCUCGGCCCCAUUUGGUGAUUAUUAACUCUUUCAUGUCUCUUACAAAUGUGUCUGUGUUUUUAAGAAGCUUUCCUUUUAUUUUUCUCCAUUGCUCUUAUUUCUGAAUAACGUUGUUCUCAGUAAGAGUCUGAAUGUGCUUAGCAUAAUAAGACCAUGUCAUACUUUGAUCUUCUUGUUCUCGACAUUAUGUAUGAACGCUCCCUGGAGCUGUAGUUUCCUCCCGCAUUCACUCUCGCUUCCUCAGCACAUCAGCAUUCAUUGUGCCAGCUGAUGUCUUAAUGUUUCCAAAUAGGCAAAAGAGGAAAGAGCAGCAGAAUGACUCACUAAGAAACCAAUUUGUGUGGAUAACGGGGGGAGGUGCGUGCACUUGUUCCAGCAUAUACAUGUAUGCCUACGCGUUUUGCUAAAAUAACGUGAAAGUUUUAUUUUGAAAUUCAGGAAAUUUCUGCAGAUUAAAUGUAAUGUAUUGUACAUUUCAGGCAAACUCAAAAAUAAUCGUGUCAGUCAAGUUAAAGCUGUCUGUUUCUAGCAAAAACACAUAGGGACACACAGGGCCGUCCCUGGCCAACAUGAGGCCCCACGCAAAGUUAUAUGAUGAGGCCCUCUGUUCCGCGAGCGCCACACUAAUUGCGCCACAUAAGCGCAUAGGUGGGCCGCAUUUUCGGCUCAGUUGAGGCACCCUCCACAAGAUGACGCCCCCUCCGGAAGGUGAGGCCCCACGCAGUCUGCAUGAUCGGCCUGUAGGGAGGGACGGGCCUGCGGACACAUACAUAUAAUAGUAUAAGUAAAAACGGUCAUGUCAUUGGCUGCAUUUAAUUACUCUAAUAAAGCAUAAAAACUGGUUUUUAAAUAAUCACUUAUUUUGUGAAUCAUUGCUGUUAAGCUGAAGAUCUGCAGAUUUUUCACAUUAAAAUCCCUCUCGAAAAGUGGUUUAUGGAAUUAUGGAUGGUUGGAACAAACAACUGCCUCUGCUCAAAACUUCAAUUGUUAAUAAGAAACAAACAGCUGCAACUUUUUUCUCACUUAUUUCCACUUCACUAAUUGGUUUUGGUGAAUCAGAAAAACAAGUAUUUUUGUUUGUUGAAUUCUGGCACAAAAUAUCAUAAGGAUCUACGAUUUGACACAUGAAAUGGGGAGCCUUUAAAUAAGGAUAUGCAUUAAUACUUUGAAUGUGGGAUUGUGUACAAGCACAACAUCGGGUGUGUGUCUGUGUGAGUGUACAAGGAGAGGAAGUGCUCAGCCUCAUCCUUUAAAACACCAACUUAAUUAAUGUCUACGAAGGAAUGGGUCUGAAAAAAGGAAUAAAGGGAACUGUUGAAAACCAGAAAAUGGGAGAACUUUCAUCUGUUUCAAGAAAACCUUUCUGUUUGGUCCCACUCUCCACUUCCAGUCCUCAUUUAGAUGUCUCACUUUGAUGCUCUUCUGCUUCAGUAGCCGUGUUAUGUGUUUCCUGUUUUUUCCAAGAAAAAAAAAAGUGCUGUACUAUUUCUUAAAUUUCUUUCUUGAGGCAUGCUUAAAGGAGUUAAUGACUUCUGCUAAUCAGACAAUCUGCAUAUGAAGAGUUUUGUUCCAAAAUGAUAUCUCUUUGAAAAAGAAGAGACGCCUACACAGGCAGAAUGAUUGUCGGCUAAAACUUGAAAGCGGUUUGUGGUGGUACUUUUUAAAGCAUCAUUAGUACAUUCUGUUUAUGAGCUGGAUCCUCCACACUCCAACAAUACUGGAUAGAACGUCAGGUCUUUUCUUUAAAUGGAUGUAUUGCAUUUUGGAAUAAAAGUGUUCAUAUGGUGUUGUAUAUUGCCAUGGUUGUUGGGGAAAUUUUUUUAGAAAUGUAUGCAAAAAAAUGAAGACCCAACCGUGGAAAAUAUGACUGUGUUGUUCCUGGAGACAACUCUAAAAAUGUAAAGUACCUCUCUUUCUUAAAACCAUAAGGAUUCUGCUGGUUCUGAGAGAUUAUUCACUGAUUGAAUAAAACCUUAUCUGUGA